CACAGAACACAAACGCAAGCAAGUAGUGGCCACAAAACAUAUACACUGAAUAGAGUAAUAGUGGCAGUGCUCAACACAAAAUAUAUGCACGUGCACAAGGGAACUAUCGAAUUUUUUGCCAACUCUAUUUGGUGUCGACUUUACAAAUGACAAAAGGUGUUUAUGUAUUUUCUCAUUUGUAGUGUUUGUGGUUUGAACUACUGUCGUCAUCUGUCAUAUCGUACUUGAAAAAUGUGCUGAAUUUGAAGUGUGUACGUCUACGUGUAAAUCUUAUCUUUUAUUGUUUAAUUAAUCUAAUCUAACCGAUAACACAAUGCUCAAUUUACUAUAUAAAUCGAGUUACGUUUUCGUACUCUUUUAUUAUGCCAUCAUUCCCUUGGGGUAUCUUACGAAGUAAGUAAAACGAGGUGGUGGGUGACAGUUGAGAAAAUGAAGGGUAACAGCACAAUAUUGGUGACUGGGGGCGCAGGCUAUGUAGGAUCUCACACAGUAGUUGAGCUACUAAAAAAUAACUACACAGUGAUCGCUAUUGAUAAUAAUGUUAACAGCUAUGCAACAGGAUGUGAUAAACCAGAGUCACUAAAAAGGGUGGAAGCAAUCACUGGGGAGCAGGUUAUUUAUUAUAAAGCUGAUAUCAAGGAUAAGGAUGCUAUAGACAAGAUUUUCAAAGCUCAUAAAAUUGAUUCUGUGAUACACUUUGCUGCCUUGAAGGCAGUUGGCGAAUCUGUCCAAAAGCCCCUAGAUUAUUAUCAAAACAAUGUUGGGGGAUCUAGUGCUUUAUUCGAGGUGAUGGCAAAGAAUGGUGUGAAGAAAUUAGUAUUUUCGUCAUCAGCAACUGUCUAUGGGGACCCACAGUUCUUGCCAAUCACUGAACAACAUCCAACAGGUCAGGGAUGCACUAAUCCCUAUGGAAAGUCUAAAUAUUUUGUUGAAGAGGUUCUCAAGGACGUCUGCACUUCAGACCAUGAAUGGAGGGUGAUUCUGCUAAGAUAUUUCAAUCCUGUAGGCGCCCACGAAUCAGGGACAAUUGGAGAAGAUCCAGCUGGUAUACCAAAUAAUCUUAUGCCAUACAUCUCUCAGGUAGCAGUGGGUCGCAGAGACAAACUAACAAUUUUCGGUAAUGAUUACCCAACGCCAGAUGGCACUGGCGUCAGAGACUAUAUUCAUAUCAUGGAUCUUGCCGUUGGACAUCUGAAAGCAUUGGAAAGGAUCGAUUCACCUUGCUUCAAAUCAUGGAAAGCUUAUAAUUUAGGGACAGGCCGUGGCUAUUCAGUGCUAGAAAUGGUGAAGGCCUUUGAAGAAGCCUCUGGAAAGAAAGUCGCUUAUGAAAUCUCUUCUAGGAGAGAGGGAGACAUAGCCGAAUGUUAUGCUGAUGCUAGUCUGGCAAAAAGGGACCUCAACUGGACAGCCACCAGGGAUAUCAAGGCAAUGUGCAGGGAUACGUGGAACUGGCAGAAGAAAAAUCCCAAAGGAUUCCAAAGUUCCUAGAUCAUCUGAGUCGAUUUUAUAAAACAUUCCUAGUUGCAACUAACAGCAUUUCUUGAAGGUUAUGAUUGUGUGAUGCCAUGUCUUGACAUUUCAUUUUGAGGGUAAUCCAUAGUUGUUAGACUCGUGAAAUGCAAAGUCGAUUCCUUUGGCUCACUUGGUCAUUGUAAGGCAAGGAAAUAAAGUGCCAUCGAAAUUCCAAAAAAAAAAGAAAAACAGAAUUGCUACAAACUAAAAGCCACAAAUUGAUUUGAUUUCAGAAUGCGAAAUAUUUUUAAUCCAUUCAUAACAAAUAUUGGAAGUAAAUUGGCAUGUUAUCUAGAUCUAGGUAACUGUGAAUAAUAAUUUCCAAAACCAUUUUUUUUUAUUUGAAAUCUAUUUGACAAGAGGAAAAAAAGAAGUGUUAAGAAUCAAUAUUGACUAGUUUUAACAUAUGACUGCCAAAUAACAUAUGGUCUAUGAACAUUUUGUACAGUACAUUAAAAUGAUGGUACAAAUUGUGAUAUGUCAUUAGAAUCAUUUUUUAGCUUUAACAGCCAGAGCACUUUUUUGCCAUUUAAUAUUUUUUUGUGCAUGUAGUUAAAUGUACAUACUUUAUUUAUAUCAAGUAUUCUCAGAGCAUUUAUAACCAUAUACAUAUACAGAGCUAAUGUAAACACGUUUAAUAUAAAAAAUAUUUAUUGCAGUUGUAAAUAUCCUUUAAAAAAUACACAAUAUAUUUUCUUUAAACAUACAUUAUAUUUGUUUCUCUUUUGUAUAAAACCCUAUAAAAUAUACAUCAAAAACUUAUCAUACUGAAGGAUACAUCUAGUAAAAAAUUAAAAAGAGAUUGUAGAGUUCCCCUCUGCUAGGGGACAUGGAGGAAAAUAAAAUUACAAAACAUGUUGCUUUUUUGAAGAAUUGGUUAAUUCUUGGCAAUCAUCUAGUCAGGCGUCCAGUUUAUCAUCAUGGGGUACCUAAGCACAUCUGGGACUCCUUCACUCCAAUGGGUAUCGGUAAUGCUAAAAGAAUGAUCUUGUCAAAAAUUUGGAAGUUUAUUGUUUUAUAAGGAUGCCCUUAAAUUUUCAGGUACACUGUAUCACUCUACACUACACUCUUGCUAUCACAAAAAUGCAAAGGAACACAGCAAAUUUUCCGCAUAAUUACAAUACAAGAUACAAAUCAUGUGCAACUGUUGUUCUUAAACAAAUCAAAUCCAUUAUGCAAUGACCAUAUCUCAACUUUG